AUGGGGAUCUUCAGUCGUCUUUCCCUCUUGGCCCUGGCCGCAGUGCCAUUUCUUGAGACAGCAUGGGCACAGUCGGCGACUGCGGUUGUAUACACGGACCCAGCAACGGGAAUAGUCUUCGAUACGUGGACGGUCCCUCAGGCGUCCACGAACGGCACAUGGACCUUCGGUACCGCCCUCCCUUCUGAUGCACUCACGAAGGAUGCUACAGAGUUCAUUGGUUACCUACAAUGUGCUUCCCCAAAUCCGACCGUCCAAGGAUGGUGUGGUGUAUCCUUUGGAGGCUCCAUGACGAACUCCUUGCUGCUUACCGUGUGGCCCAACAGCGGCCAGAUAUUGACCUCGUUCCGCUAUGCGACAGGCUACGUGAUGCCUGAUGUCUACACUGGAAAUGCUACGUUGACGCAGAUAUCGUCCACCAUCAACUCUACGCACUACACUUUGAUCUUCCGCUGCCAGAACUGUCUAGCAUGGGAUCAAGGUGGUGCGACCGGCAGCGUCUCUACCAGCUCCAAGUUCUGGCUCCUCGGAUGGGCGCAGGCCAACCCAGCUCCCGGCAACCCAACGUGCCCCAACCAGAUCACGCUCGCACAGCAUGACAAUGGACAGAGUCUUUUCCCUGCCACCUUGGACACCAACGCUGCCAAUCCGUCGUAUACCUCCUGGGCUGCUCUAGCCACCAAGACUGUGACUGGCAGCUGUGGAGGCACCACUACUACUGCGACAACCACAUCCGUGCCAACGGCGACGACUGUCCCUGGCGUUCCCGUUCCGACGGCAACAUACGACUACAUCGUUGUUGGAGCCGGAGCCGGCGGCAUUCCCAUCGCGGACAAGCUCAGCGAAUCCGGCAAGAGCGUCCUCCUCAUCGAAAAGGGCCCGCCAUCCUCAGGCCGGUGGGGUGGUACCAUGAAGCCAUCGUGGCUCAGCAGCACCAACUUGACGCGCUUCGACGUUCCAGGUCUUUGCAACGAGAUCUGGGUCGACUCGGCUGGCAUUGCCUGCUCGGACACGGACCAGAUGGCCGGCUGCAUCCUCGGUGGCGGUACAGCUAUCAACGCCGGCCUUUGGUGGAAGCCUAAUACGAUUGACUGGGACUACAACUUCCCUACUGGUUGGAAGUCAACAGAUAUGACCGCGGCAACCAACCGAGUCUUCUCGAGGAUCCCAGGGACAGACCAUCCUUCGAUGGACGGGCAACUAUACCUGCAGCAGGGCUUCGACGUGAUUUCGAGCGGACUGAAGUCGGCAGGGUGGGCUUCUGUCACAGCGAACAACGUGCCGAAUCAGAAGAACCGCACCUAUGCGCACACACCUUACAUGUUCAGCAAUGGCGAGCGAGGUGGCCCCAUGGCGACAUAUCUGGUGACCGCCAACGCCAGGAAGAACUUCAAGCUCUGGACAGGGACAUCAGUCAAGCGGGUUAUCCGUUCCGGCGGUCACAUCACCGGCAUUGAAGUCGAGCCAUUCCUCAGCGGCGGCUAUGCUGGUGUCGUCAACAUCACGAGCAUCACAGGUCGCGUUAUCCUGUCCGCAGGCACGUUCGGCAGUGCGAAGCUGCUCAUGAGAAGCGGCAUCGGCCCUGCCGACCAGCUCGCCGUGGUGCAGGAGUCAGUCGACGGCCCGACCAUGGUUGGCAACCAGUCGUGGAUCAACCUCCCCGUCGGCUACAACCUCGAGGACCACACCAACACGGACACCGUCGUCGAGCACCCGAACGUGACGUUUUAUGACUUCUACGAAGCGUUUGACACGCCGAUCGCGAGCGACAAGGACUCGUACCUCAACAAGCGAUCAGGCAUCCUGGCCCAGGCGGCACCAAACAUCGGCCCCAUGUUCUGGGACGAGAUCGUCGGCGCCGACGGCAUCACGCGGCAGCUGCAGUGGACGGCGCGCGUGGAGGGCAGCGACGGCACGCCCAACGGCAAGGCCAUGACCAUGUCUCAGUACCUGGGCCGGGGCGCGGUGUCGAGGGGCCGGACGACCAUCACGUCGGGGCUGAGCAUGGUGGUGUCGACGUUGCCGUACCUGAACGACAAGAACGACGUGGCCGCCGUGAUCCAGGGCAUCAAGAACCUGCAGGCGGCGCUCAAGUCCGUCUCCAACCUGACGUGGACGUACCCGGACCCUAGCACCAGCGUCGAGGACUUUGUCAACAACAUGGUCGUGUCGUACAGCAACCGGCGGUCGAACCACUGGAUCGGCAGCGCCAAGCUCGGGACUGACGACGGCCGGAACGGCGGCACGGCCGUCGUCGACGUCAACACCAAGGUCUACGGCACCGACAACCUCUUUGUCGUGGACGCGAGUAUCUUCCCGGGCCACGUCACCACCAACCCGUCCGCGUACAUCGUGACGGCGGCGGAGAAGGCAUCGGAGAAGAUCAUUGCCCUGGCCGCGAACAAGGCACAGGCCAGUGCCUUUGAGACUGAACUGGGGUAA